UAGGUCAGCGAUGGCUGGAAGAAUCAGCAUUCCGCAUGUUACUAAUAAUGCAUCAUCCUACGUUACUACUGGUGCUAUACGCUUCUGCUAUCUUCAGGAUAGCAGGUGCCUGUUCAUCACGUUCCACCCCUAGGCCAAGACCUCCUCCUCAACCUACAGUAAGGCCGAACAUCACAUUCCAGACUUAUGCCUGCCCUGAGGCAUAUGCCAAGUGGUACUGCCUCAAUGGAGCUACCUGUUUCUCUGUGAAAAUAGGAGAAUCUAUUCUGUACAAUUGCGAGUGUGCAAACGGGUUUGUGGGCCAAAGAUGUGAAUUUAAAGACUUGGAUGGAUCUUAUUUAGCAUCCAGGCAACAAGUGAUGAUUGAAACGGCUAGCAUUGCUGGAGGAGUAACUCUUCUGAUCAUCAUUUUAGUAAUUAUUUCUGUUGCAGUUUAUGUUCAUUAUAAAAAAAAACGAAAAGAACAAAUGCACCCUGUUACUCCUGUGUCUCAGGCUUAUCAGCCAUUUCGUGCCUUUCGUGAGUCUGACUGUCCCAAUGAAGGUCAGGCGUUUUCUACCAAUGAUCCUGAAUCUGGGCAUGGAGAGAAACACAGAGUUGUAGAUGCCACAGUUCAUUCUCCCACUAGCAGAGCAAGGACUUCACUGUGACUGUAGCUUAUAUAACUUAGUUUAUUGAUAAUUUAGGCAACUAAGACUGCUGAAAUUAGCUAGCUGCAAACUAUUAAGAAUGUUUUCUUGAAGUGCAAAGUGAAAAUUUAACUCUUCGUUUGCUUUGCUCCAAGUUAUUGAGUGAUUUUUGAAAAUUCAAAGUAGCUAGUCCAUGAAAACAAUGUCAGAACAAAGAUGUCAUUGCACCCUGGCUGGCUGUGCAAAAUGUUCUUCUGGCAUUAUAUAAAUCACUCAACUUUAGGAUGUUAUGAAACUGAAAUGUGUAUGAGCUUCAAGAACUCUGGAUGUGCUGUAGGAUUACUCAUAUAGCACAAGUUAUAAGGAAUUGUUCUUUGUGUUUGAAAAGCAAAAUGUGUAAUUAAAUACUAUGGCUUGUUCUUGUUUAUUAGCAAUAAAUGUACACAUGUACACUUAAAGUUCUUUGAAGAACUUUAAGUUUUGAAUAGGUUGUAAAAAUUGUUUUUGUUGCUAUUUGAUUUUUCAAAUUGAAAUAAAAAGAAGUAUAUUCAGAAAGACCAGUUUAAUGAGAGUUCAGAUGGUGUUUCUGAUACCAAUCAGUUUUGCUGGACACUUAAUGACUACUCAUCUAAAAUCCCAUCCUUUCCUUUAUUAUUAUUUUGUAUAAAUUGAAUUUAGUUCUCAUUUCUUGUCAUCCUCUAAAUCUUUUAGGCUUAUUUAAUACGUUUUUUUUUUUUUUUUUUUUUUUUUUUUUUUAGAGCUUUAAAUCAAUUUUCCUGUGUACCCUUUGUUAACUCAUUUAAUGUAUAAAAGUAAAAUACGUAAAAGUUCCCUUUUAUUAGAUAUGUGCAUGCCAAAACUGAGACAAGUAUAUUUUGUUAAAUUCUUCACCUGAAUUUGUGGCAGCUGUUUCUUGCAAUUUUUUUAAUGUGUGUAUAAGUCUUCAUCUAGACAUGAAUAUUGUGCAUAGUAAAUAUAAUUUUUUAUACAAAGUUACUCUGAUAUAUUUUAUUUGCUAAAUAUUUUUAAAUGUUGCUUUGAGGAAGAUAUUUUUUUAGGUAAUGAUUAGAUGAGUGAUUGUAAAAUGAGAACAUAGAAGAAUCUUCUUAUUCUAUAGUAGAUGGAUAAUUUCUGACUCCAUGUCUUAAGAUGCAGUUUAAUGAUAAGAUUUAGUUCAUUGGUAACAGCAACACUUAUUUUCCAGCAUUCAGUAUUCCUUAAAAGUUAAUUAUCUCCAUGUAGGAAACAUUCCGGUGUGUUGAACACAAGUGCUGUAAUUCCGAAAAGCUGUUGCUGUGGAACUUUAUUUUUGUGUUUUACGCUUCUCAGGUAUUAAUAAAUAUUCCAAAUUUUUAACAGAUAUUUACUACAUACGAUGUAUACCAAUAAAUUCUUAAUGAACAAAUUCUUGUAUAUUUCUAAUCCCUGCUCAGAAACUAAUUCUUCAAACUCAUUUGUCUGUUGAAUACUUUUGUCCCUAGCAUCCCCUUUUAAUUAGAUCAAUAAGGUAAAUUUAGUAAAUUUAUGUCUGAUAAUUUCUAGAAGUUUUUAAAUGAAGCUUGUGGUUUGAUUCAUUAUGUCUGUUAAAAGUGCAAAGUAUCCAACAUCUCUUCUGAAAUUUUGUAAAAUUCUAAACUGUACAGUUUUAAGAAUUAAAAUUAUUACAUUACAAUAUUUUGAUUUGCAGUAAGCAUUCUUAGUUUUCCCGUGUGUAUAUUCUUUCAACACUUAAAAUUAAUAGUGUUGUUUGCCCAUGGAUAGUUUUGUUCAAUAUAAUUUGAGAUUUUGAGAAAUAUUUCGUUCCUCACACAUAAUCGUCAACAUAAAUAGUGUUCUACAGAAGAAGAAGUUUGUGAAUUAUUGCUGAAUACUCUUAAAUCUGUAUCAUAUUUUUACUUUUCUGUGUAUAAUUGCUGAAAAAAUAAGACUGGAAAAUUUCUUAUAUUUUGACAUUUCCCAAAUGAUUCAAGUUGCAAUAAAUUAUUUAUUUAAUUACAGCACCUAUAUUGGUUGUGAAAUUAUUAUGUGUGUGUAAGUGUUUCCUUCAUGUAUGUAAAACUAUUUAACUAAAAACAGAUUGGCAGCAUGCUUAAGAAAUGAGUAAUGUAGUAUUGAAAAUUUCUUACUGUAGUUAAAUUAUUUUUAUUAUUGUAAGAUUAGAUGAUAUAUUGAAAACAUUUUAGUGUACAAAUAUCCUUUUCAAUGUGAAAGUUACUUAAGUUCUAUAAGGCAACUUAUCUCUAAUUUUUAAGUAUCUUAUAUUUAAUUCUUUUAAUUUAGUAUUAUUUAAUUUUUGUUGUGUAAUGACAUUUAUUUUCAUUACAAAUAGUGCAUUUAAAAUUUUUGCAAUGCAAGUUUUUCAAGCAUUGAUUGGUUUGAAGCUAUCUUACGUAUUUUGUGUAAAGUGUUCUUGUAGAUAUGUACAUAAAUAGAGAGCAAUUCAGAUUAUAGGGCUGGAAAAACUAGCUUCUAUAAAAGCUUUAAUAGUGGGAAUAAUUAAACACAGAACACAAGGAAUGUAACAAAUCAAUAAAAUGGGCUGUAUGCUGUUGUCAAAAUAUUGAAGUUAUGUAAAUAUGUAUGUGCAGUAAGAGAGCAAUAAAUCAUUUUUGUUUUAUUUCAUUUUAUUGUCUACAAUAUUAUUGAAAGCAAAUAAAAAUGUUACUAUUGGUUGAAAAUGAUUAUGUACUUUAGCAAACAAUAUUUUUAUCUUAAGCACUGUUGCUAAUAUAAUUUAUAUUUAUAUAUAUAUAUAUAAAUGUUACUUUAUUUUAAUUCCUGGUUGUAUGUUUGAAAAUGUAGGUGAUAGUCUUCCAGAAUACAUGUUUAUAUUUCUUUUAAAGAUUAAAUUAUGGCCCAAUGAAAGAAUGUCUCAGUUCAGGAGAUAAUGAUCUUAUUCAGUUUUGAAGGAGAAGAAUCGUGACUGAAAUAACCUUAUACAACAUUAUGCAUAAAUAAACUUUAAAUAGAUUAAGUAUCAUUAUUUCCUUAUUUUACACUUUUUUAGAGCACCUUAAAGUUAUAACAAAAAAUAAUAUGUUCUUAAAAAUACAAAAAGUUUAUUUUUUUAAUUGUA